CGCACAUCAUCGAAAUGCCUCAGCCUGGCCUUCCGAGAAUCAAUAUCAUCAAAUGGCGGCGGCUCCUGGGCGAGCAUAUGAACCCAGAGCGCAUCAUCGAUGUUCUUUCCUUUGGACCAGUGCUGCGUUCUCCGAAUCGAUGGGGAGACACAGUAGAUGACCUUCCAGGGCUUAUCAAUGCGUUGAAAGAGCUAGCGGACGCUGGUGGGUCCUCAUGGGACAAACUGGUCUUUGCAGGUAUGGUGGGACAUCUCUGUAAAGCGAUCUUGUGGCUACAUCGAGAUGAGUUCCGAUACGGUGAACAUACUUCCGGACAACAACAGCAACACCGACAUAUGGCUCUGUGCGAUUUCACUCCCGCGUUGGGAAUUCUGGUGGCCGGUGCAUUUCGACUGCGACCGCCCCUUUCACUUAGCCAGCAAAGAUUCGUCCAGGAAAUCAAAGAACACUGGUCUUGGAUCACGAGGCGUCUAUGGACAGAUCCUCAGAACUCACUUCGACCGGAACAACCCCAUAUCGGCGAAAGAGCGGAUUUCGCGCGUAUGUUGCUAGCGAUCGUUCUGGUUGACCCUACUCUACUGAGCAUUAUCGAUAAUCCUGGGGACCUCACCGUUCCCAUACUGUCUCGUAUGCUGGUCUACACCUCGGGUCUCUCCGAUUUUCUUUCUCUUUCGGUGGCAUUGGCUACGGUAUUUUAUCCCCUCUCCGUCGCGCAGGAGGAUUCUGCCAUCUAUGAGUAUCGACAGGCUCACCCUGCUGCCUUGAACAUGUUCGACUCCUUCUUACUUGGACUUCCCAACCGAUCUUUCUCUGCUUUUUUUGAUUUCAUCCUGGAUCGACUUCCUCAUCUCCCGACUUACGAGCUAUCCGAGCUUUGUGGGAUGCUGGAUAGUCUAUGCCAUAAGGCACAAUGGGGCUCGGAAGCUGAUACCAUCUUUAUCAGGUAUAUGUGUGGCCGAUCUUCCUCUAUUUUUUCGUACCUUUUUGCUAUUUUUCGUGACCCUGCGAUGGUGAAGCCGACUGAAGGCCAUUCACCGAAUGCGUUCAUGCCGUCUAUUAUGCGCCUUGUUGCCUACUUGACCAACCAGGUCACAAGUGAGUGGACGGAGCAGAGCCAGCCGUUCAUCCGGAUUUGCAGGCAAGCACGAUUGUUCGACGCUCUAGAGGGACUUCUCGUCCAUGGUCGACAUUGGCAACAGUCUCUUGAACCGUUUGGGACAAUCAUCUCGUCUAUAUGCGGGAUGGUUCUCAGCAGACCAUUCAUGAUCCCUCUCCUCCGCGUAGAUCUACCGCGUCCGCAACUCAUGCGACAUAUUCUCGACAUCCUCUACGACCGUACACACGAAAAUCAUAGGUGGCUGCAACAGCAGCGUAACAUAGGCUCAUUCAGGGCGGUGAUGUUUUCCUUAACAUCAUUGCGCCUCUUGGAGAUUGCGUGCCGAAUUUAUGGGCAUUGCAUGAGGAGAGGGUGCACGAAGAAGAGGCGGGCACGUUGUAAGGAUUGCCACCUUGUGGAAUAUUGUGGCCCGGUGUGCCAACGCUUGGAUUGGAAAGAGCAUAGGCUUAUCUGCGGAUUGGUGAUAAACGUAGAGGGCUCAACCGUUACCGAUCCGCAAAGGUUUCCUUUCAGGUUCAUCCAAGAGCCUUCAAACGCCAUAUAGACGCGCGACUGAUGAUAUUUCCUUGACCACGGUUUCCCCGCGAAUGUUUUACUCGCCGUUUCCCCCUCUGUUCAAAGAGAAUUAAGUUCUUUUGAAGCGG